AUGUUCCGAAUCCUUGAAUCACAGGCCCCGGCCAAACAAACGGCCACAGAUACUAUCGACAUCCUGAGCAAUAGGCUCCAAAGCGCCACGUUGUUAGAAGAUCGACGGGCUGCCAUUCAAGGCCUACGGAGCUUUGCGAAGCUUUAUCCCGCGUCCGUCGCUUCCGGAGGACUGCGAUCAUUGAUCAGCACCUUGCGCAAUGAUGGCGAGGAUGUGGAUACCACUAAAGUGGUCCUUGAAACCCUGUUGAUGCUCUUUACUCCUGAUGAGUCCAGUCCCGAAGCUUCGGAUGAAAUUGCCCUGUGGUUGGCAGAUGAGUUUACCCAGAGGCAAGACAACAUCACAAUUUUGCUAGAUCUUCUUGAGACACGAGAUUUUUAUUCCCGGCUAUACUCUCUCCAAUUGAUGUCCCACAUCUCCGGUGCAAGACCCGAACGAACACAAGAGUGUAUAUUAACGGCCCCGCUGGGUAUUUCACGGCUUGUGAAUGUAUUAACGGACUCGAGAGAGCCAGUUCGUAACGCUGUCGCUAUACCUAGGCCGGAUCUAAUGACGUCGUCUCAUCGAUACGCAGAGGCCCUAAUCUUGCUCAUCGCCUUGACGCCUGCUUCAGAAGAAUUGCAGAAGCUCGUUGCCUUCGAGAAUGCCUUCGAAAUUCUCUUCUCCUUGAUCGAUGCGGAAGGUUCGUUAACGCUUGGUACCGAAGUCGUCGAAGACUGUCUCUCCCUUCUCGCACAUCUCCUGAGGUACAAUGUUUCAAACCAGUCAUAUUUUCGGGAGACAGGAUGUGUGCCAAAGAUCACAACGCUAUUGAUCGAAUGCCAACUUGAGCACGAGGGUGAGGAAGCUACACCGCAAUAUACACUUGUUCACCGUGACAAGAAUGUUUGGGGCCUUUUGACUAUCAUUCAACUGUUUUUAAUCCGUGGCGGAAAAGGAACUCCCAGCAACCAGACAGCAUUCUGGCAACAUGGUGUCACUGAACAGGCUCUCAGUAUUGCCUUCGGCCAAAGAUUCAGUGUCAGCGUUACGUCCAAAGCUUUGGCGACCUGCGCUGACCUUAUUCGUGGAAAUUCUCCCCUUCAAGAGAGGUUUGGUGAUAUUGAAGUUGUAUGGGGUUCGCGGAAACCUCAAGACCCAGCCACCAAUGGAACAGCUGAACCGGAGCGCAUUAAUGUGAUCGAGGCAUUCUUGAAGCUGAGCUUGGAACCAUCGCCCAACAAUCUACUGGAUGCACGUUUGGCAGCUUGUGAAUGCAUGAAAGCGUUCUUUGCUCACCAUCCUGGUAUUCGUAUGCAUGUUCUGCGUCGUGCAAUCGAGGGUCAUACUAGCGGGCAAGAUCGAAUCCCAAAUAUCAUUUCAGUCUUGCUCACUGCCCCUGAGUCGCGGGGCAAUGCCGAUCCUUAUCAAGUAUGGAUGGCGUGUGUGCUGUUAUUCCAUUUGAUAUUUGAUGAUUCCGAGGCAAAAGCGGCAGCCAUGAAGGUCACCGAAGGUGAUGCGGAGAGCGGUGAAGAAGUCGUUACCAGUGUUCAGUCUGUGGUUGGAAAUUUGAUCACUGGUCUGCAACGCGGGGACGAUGAAAGAAUCACCGUGGGCUAUCUGAUGUUACUUUGUGGCUGGCUCUUCGAAGAUCCGGACGUUGUCAAUGAUCUUCUCGGAGAGGGAAGUUCUAUUCAAACUCUCUUACAAGAGAUCAAGCAUCAACGGACCCCAAGCAGGCUGGUACCCGGUCUCUGCACAGCCUUGCUCGGGAUUAUCUACGAAUUUUCUACAAGAGAUUCACCAAUUCCCCGAGUCACUCUGCACAAAUUGCUUCUCGACCAAUUAGGGCGAGAGCAAUAUAUCGAUAAGAUCACGAAACUCCGCGAAUGUCCCUUGGUCCGCGAUUUCGAGGUGCUCCCGCAGACAGCUGUUGGACAACUGGAAGGGGGACUUCCCGAGGUAUUCUUUGAUCGCGCUUUCGUGGAAUUCCUCAAGGACAACUUCAGUCGUCUGAUUCGGGCGAUCGAUCGUGAACCCGGCUUUGAAAUAUCUGUUGUGGCAAAUGGAGUCGAAAAGGGCAUCUCGCGAGACCUUGUGGAUACCUUGCGUGCCGAGCUUGAAGACCGGAGCCAAUCUAUCCAGAAGCUGGAGAGCGAUCUGGUUGAUGUUCAGCGGAAACUCGAUCAGGAGCUUUCAGACCACCGAAAGACCAAAGAGUCAACCCAGCAGAGUCAGCAGGCUUUACAUUACUCCCAUGGACAAGAACUGUCUAGACUCGAAGAACAAUACCAACAGUCGAAGAACGAACUUCUCAAGCAGCAUAAUGAGCAGCUUCGUGCUAUCGAUAACCAGCUCAAGCAGGCUGCCGCCGAGUAUGAAACCAAGAGCGCCAAAGUUCGAGAACACCACGAGAAGGAGACAGCUGGCCUGCACUCUACGAUUCGCGGUUUGGAAACCCAACUUACCAAAUUGCAAGAGCAAUAUACUGGUGACAGUGCUGGGUUCCAGGAAACAAUCCAGAAGCUCGAGUCAAUCAUCACCCGUUCCAGAGAGGAUCAUGCAGCACAAGUGGCCGACCUUCAGCAGAAAUUGCAGAGCAUGGAGGCCGCACUUGCCUCGAGCAAGGGCGAACAUGACGCAAGCAUAGCCGACUACAAGGUCAAGAUUGAAACCUUAGAAUCAUCUCUUGCUACUGCUAAGAGCGGACAUGAAGCAAACAUGUCAGAUUAUAAGAAAACAAUCGAAAGCCUAGAGUCUAGCCUGGCUGCAGCCAAAAGUGAACAUGAAUCCGAGACAGCCGAACUCAAAAGGAAGAACGAUAUUCUUCAGUCCGAACUGAAGGAGAUAUCCGAGUUGGAAAAGCGCGCUUCGGAAGCCGAGAGUAAGGCAAAAGAGGCCGAAGGCAAAGCAAAGGAUGCGGAGAGCAAGAUUAAGGAGGCCGAAAGCAGAAGGAAAGAGGCCGAAUCAAAAGCUCAAAAGGAAGCCGAUGCACGCAAAGAAGUGGAAACACAGCUGGCGAAGGCGCAGUCUGAAGCCAAAGAGAAGGAGGAAGCGCGUAUCGGGACCCAGACUGAACUGGAUGAUUUGUUAAUUGUUUUCGGCGAUUUGGAGGCGAAAAGAGAAAAGGAUAAGAAACGCCUGAAAGAGCUUGGCCAAGAAGUUUCCGAAGAUGAGGAUGAAGAUGAUGAGGAUGAGAACGAGGAAGAUGAUGUAGAUUAG